AUGCCCGGUUCAAUCAAAUCCCUCAAGCGCAAGCCCACGGCCAAGUCGGCUGCCAAACGCAUCGGCCGGAUGUUCAAGCGUACAAACAGCGAAGACCCUGAGAUGACCGCUGCUAUGGACACUGGAUCUCCCAAAGCCUCUUUCGAUGCACCGAGACCUUCCACAUCGUCUCGAUUCUCCAUAAGCUCGCGUAUGACUUCGAGGGACGAUACUGAAGCAACUCCCCGAGGAUCCAAGGAUCAGUCCCGAGUCUUUGCAUCGUGGUUUGAGCCUUCGACGCCUAAGAAAGAAAAAGGACCUGAAGCAGUGGCUCCACCACCACUGGUUUCUGCUUACUCUGAGCCCAUACUCGAUCAUGUCAAACCACUCGAGCCGAUUGAGCCGUCCAAGACGGAAGGAUUUCCCUUCCCUGCACCUGCGCAGACCGAGCAUGAGCCAAAGACGACCGAUACCACUCCGAAGAAGCAGACCGAGCCUCUGCGGCAACCGGGGAAUGUCGACAUCAAGGCCCCCGAACAACCCGUUCUGGCACCUACAACCCCACAAGCGAGUCGGCCUUUGUCAUCCCUGCCCGUAGCGAAGCCCGUGAUAUACGAGCCCGAGUCUCCGAUUCUUCCGGCCGUAUCCAGAGCGGAGCCUGAACAGAAGCCUAUCCCUACCCCCACAGAUGAAUCAAAGAUCAUCCCCAAGACAGAACUCGGAUACGAGCAAAAGAAUACUGCUCAACCCAAACCAACUGCUAAGACCACACCCAAUACCGAGCCAGCCGAACAGCAGGAUAUCUCCCUUCCGAAGACGAGACACCCCUCAAAGUCCCCAGAUCUCCCAGUACAAGUGCCAAAGUCAAACACCACGACUACCAGGAAGUCUUCGAUGCCCCAACCCACGGUGGAAGAUGAGCCAGAGAUCGUGAAGCCAUCUAAAGCACCUAAAGAGCACUCUAGGAAAGAUCGCAGGACUCGAUUGGAAACUGUACCCAAGACAGAGCCAAAAAGCCUGCCAUCAAAGCCCCCACGGAAAGAAACAAAGCCAAAGGCUCAACUUCCAGUUAUAUCUGAGAACAGAAUCCCUGCCCCUAUUGUCCCUGAAGCUAUUCGUGAGUAUGCAGAGCCGAAGGACUCCCCGAAAGACUUAGCUGCACCAACCAUCCCAUCCCCGGCCAAGAUAUCUUCUAUCCCAGCACCAGCUUCUACGUCUGUCCCCAAAGCAGUCACAUAUACUGCAAAGCACUCCUUCGCCCCUAGCAUAUCGUUCCAGCCCUCACGGACAGUGUAUUUCCCUGACACUGCCCCAGCUCCUAAGACAGUUCGCCCCCCUAUCACUGCACGAGCCCCGAUCAUCGCUUCGAAGCCGGAAGUUGUCGUGUCGAUACUCACUCGUGCUGCUCCCAAGUCUGUACCAGCUCCAAGCAUUGCUUCGACUCCAGUGCGGGCUCAUUCUCCAUUGACUUCGUGGAUCAUGUCAACUGCAUAG